CUGCCAUUCCUUUCUACUUCGGAAGCCCCACCUUCAGAACACACUGGAUUAGCCAUUUCUGACUGCUUCCGCAGUCGAAUUUGAAUGAUGAAUGCUUUCUAACUGGUUCAUUCAUUCACUGUUUCCUUUCAGUUUCUAAGAGGCACCCCAUCACGUGAGUUUCUGGAAUGGUCCGUCUCCAUUAGAAAGGUCACUCACCCUGAGUUUUCGUUAAGGCCUCGAUAACAGCCCUGAGGAUCUAGGGAUGCCAGCCAAGAAGGAGAUGGAAGAGUCACAAAGAGAAGAUUAUUUUCUGGACUUCUGAAGGGUGAUUCAUGCUUCAAGAUAAAAUGUGCCUCCUGGGCUCCACGGUUUCAGCGCACAGGCAGUGGAGGGACGGGCCCGGGUGCAGCGAGAAGCCCACCUUAUAGACAAUAAUCAAUAUACUUCGGAGCAGUGGUGGGCACCUAUUUUUAGCCUACUGCCAAACCCUACCUUCUUUUUUAUAGCUGUCCUUGGCCAGAUCCCAUUCUAGUCUGUAGGUUCCCCCUCCCUCUCAUUCCCAAUCCAAAAAGCCUUUCAAAAGCCAGGAGUAAGGCAGCCAGGGCAUUGGUCUGACUUUCAGCUCCCUCUUAAAACAAAUAUGGACAAGAAAUAUUGUCAGCACUGGGUAACACAAGGAGCAGCUCCAGAUUUUUGUUUUUGUAACUGUUUUUGCCUGCUACAAACAGGGGGUGACUUUCUUACACUGACCUGUAGGUGCCUUACAGCUUUCAUAGAGCCCGCACAGUUUCUAGCACACAGGGAGUGCUUGUUAAAUCAUCAGUUGUGGUACUUGGAUGUGAUCAGAUACUCAGAUUUCUAGGUCAUUGGGCAAUGAUGUCGUUUGUGCAAGAGCCGAUGGUUGGCAAAGGCUUCCAGAAUCAGGAAAUCUUGGAUCCCUCCCUGAUUCGCUUGUGUGACCUUGGACAGCCGAUUUCAGCCCUCUGAGCCUUAAUUCCAUAAAUGCAGCUUCAGCUGGCUUCUGAGAUCAUAACAAUGAUAACAGUGACAGCCAUCAUUUAUUAAAGACUUAUUGUAUGCCAGGCACUGGACUAAUCACUUGACAUAUGUUCUCUUUCUCUCACAGCAAUGAGAUAGCUACUAUUAAUUAUCCCCAUUUUACAGCUGGAAAAACUGAGGCUCUGAAAGAUAAAGUGAUUGCACAUGUCACACGACUAGCAAGUAUCCACAAACUGGGAUUUGAACUGGGAUCUGUCUGAUUCUGUUGUGUUCUGUAACCUUGGAUCAGGGGAUGGAACAAGUGUCAAGGAGAAGGUAAACGGGAAGAUAAUGUCAGUAAGAUAGAAGAGGGAGAGCUAAUGUGGAUUAAACACAGCUAGUUAAAAGGAGAUGGAAUUACAGAGUCUUAUUUGAAAAACAACAUCCCAAUGAAUGUUCGGGAAGGAGAGAGAGGUUGGUACCCUGCACUGAGGAAGUAGACCAGAUGGCCUGGGAGUUACUAUAAGGGGAACAGACUUUCUGCUUGGCAUAGGAAUGUAUCUCAUAAACCCCAUUUCAUUUUGAUGCCAAAAUUUUUCUCUCGUUGAACAGACUCUCUGGGCAGCAUUUUUCUUUCUGUCACCCUACUGCCACUAGUCAUAAUGGCUUAUCUUUGCAGAUUCUUCACUCCAGACCUCAUCCUCCAACCUACUUUCUGGGCCUUCCCUGCUGAUCAUUAGAGUCCAGCUGUGGAGACCUGAUUCUGACUAUGGGGUCCCAGGCAAGUUAACUCUAAGGCUCUUCUACCAUUUUGAGGUGUUUGUGGAAGAGGAAUGAAGGUGGAGGUGGUGGCCUGGGGAGGGACACAUGGAAGCCUCCGGCCCACCAGCCAAGGAUCAGCUGAGCCCUGGGGCUGAUGCUUGCCCCCACUGCUGAGAUUGACACCAAGGCCCAGCCAGGCACCAGGACAAAGGUUAACCCGGGACACUCCUGGACAGUGAGCCUGAUGUCUGUUCUGAGCCGUGCACUCGGAGGUCUGAUAUAGCAGUUGAAGACAAAUGCGACCACAACGAGCUACCACUUUACACCCAUUAGGAUGGACAUCAUCAAAAAACCAGAAAAUACCAAGUGCUGGCAAGGAUGUGGUGAAACUGGGAGCCUUGUGCAUUGCUGGUGGGAAUGUAAAAUGGUGCAGCUGCCGUGGAAAACAGCAAGGCCAUUCCUCAGAAAAUAAACAUGGAAUCACCAUGUGAUCCAGCAAUUCUACUCCUGGAUAUAAAUCCAAAAGAACUGAAGCAGAGACUAGAACAGCCAGCCCCGCCCGGCACCAUGGCGUCGGCCGAGCCCCUGACGGCGCUGUCGCGCUGGUACCUGUACGCCAUCCACGGCUACUUCUGCGAGGUGAUGUUCACGGCGGCCUGGGAGUUCGUGGUGAACUUUAACUGGAAGUUCCCGGGGGUCACGAGCGUGUGGGCGCUCUUCAUCUACGGCACCUCCAUCCUCAUCGUGGAGCGCAUGUACCUGCGCCUGCGUCGCCGCUGCCCGCUGCUCCUGCGCUGCCUCAUCUACACGCUCUGGACCUACGUGUGGGAGUUCACCACCGGCCUCAUCCUGCGCCAGUUCAACGCCUGCCCUUGGGACUACUCCCAGUUCGACUUCGACUUCAUGGGCCUCAUCACCCUGGAGUACGCCGUGCCCUGGUUCUGCGGGGCCCUCAUCAUGGAGCAGUUCAUCAUCCGCAACACCCUCCGCCUCCGCUUCGACAAGGACGCCGAGCCGGGGGAGCCGGGGGGCCCCCUCGCCCUGGCCAACGGCCACGUCAAGACAGACUGAGUGGGGCUGGGGGUGGGGCCCGGGGCUCGCUCAUGGACCGGUGGGCGGCGGUACCAAGCUGGUGGGGUUACGUCUUCUGAACAGCACAAGCCCUGGCCCGGGACCGGCCUCAGCCCCCUAGGGCACACGCGACGCCCCCCUAACCCCAGCACCCUCCGCUGGGGCGGGGCCGGGGGGGGCGGAGGCCCUCUGGGAAGGGGCUGUGGAUCUCUGCCCAGCUCGGAGGCUGGGGCCCGAGGCCUGUGGCUAAGCAGCGGCUGGAUCACCCGGGUGACUUUGGAAGCAGCAGGCCCUGUCCUGGCUGUGGGGCUCUGAGAAUGGGGCAGAGGUGGGAGGCAAGGCCUGGGGAGGCUUUGGGCUGCUACCUGGCCUCCUCCCUCUCACCUGGUUUAGGUGGACUUUGGCUGGUUCCAUUAGGCAAUAUUCAGGUGCUUGCUUGCAACCGAUACCUCCCUGGGGGCCUGCUGGGCUGCAGCCUAAGGAGAGACUGGGCAGCCAGGAGGCUGCUUGGCAGCAGUGCUGGUAUGCAAGGGCUGGAGGCCUUUCCUUGGCUCCUCUCCCCUCCCCCAGGGCUCCCCCGUUCCCUUGGCGUUCUGGGGGCCCCCCUGGUGCUGGAUUCCCACCAACCUUGGGCUUUUGGAGGUUUCAAUCCCUGUGUGUUCGGUGGCGUUUCCCCCUUUUCUCUCUUAUUUUCAAGACCUUUACCACUAGCAGCCCCUUUAUCCAUGUCAGUCACCACACCCCUCCCUUCCCCAACUCCCUGGCCAAAACAGCAGCUGCCAGAGAUAGAGCCCUGAGAUGGACCCUGCCACCCUCUUGCGACUUUCCUUCCACUGUGUCUGCUGCCUGAUGACUGGGAAGCUCCCCUUUUACACUCCCCACCUGUCUGGUGGGCUGUGGCAGUGCCCCCUCCCCACAGUGCCCGGGUGAAUUGAAUGAUACCCUCCCCAACAACAGUCAGGCCAAGAUGCACCCCCUCAGAUCCACAGUGGGGACCUAGAGACAAAUCAGUUUAAGGGAGUUGGGGGGGGGGUGGAGAAGGCAUUUGGUUUCUUUUCAAGCCAGUCACAGUCAAUAGAGCUUUCUAGGGAUUGGAGGAGCAAGCAUCCUGUGUUGGAGACCCAUGCAGAAUGAGUGAGGGAGAAAAAGAAAAUAGGCUUUCAGCUUUGCGAGGGUCUUUGGAGCAUCCUUAGUGGGAAGCGAUCAGCUGGUUCUGCCAUAGCCCCAGCCCUGCAGCAAAACCUCUUCAGGGCUACCCCCGUCCCACCCCUCCCAAGCAAGGCUGACCUUUCGAGCUUACUCCUUAAACAGUAUUGACCCUGCCAUGCUCACGGGCCUUGUCAUCUUGGUUGCCCCCCGCUUCCUCUGUGACAGGUCUGUUGCUGGCGGUGGACAGGUGAAAUCCGCACUCCAGCCCACUUCUGGCUCUGCCCCCACUCCCUGAGGGGAGCGGUCCAUCAGAACGCAGCCUAUUCCAUGGUACAUGGUCUCAUCUUGACCACACUAGGACUCUUAGAUAGAAAUUAGCCUGUCCCUUUUUACAGAUCAUAAAAAAAAUGAAAAUACCAUCUGUGGAGAGAAUCUCCUCUUCCUUGCCCUGCUGCUCCACCUGGACUGCGCCAGGGUAGCACCAGCCAGGGUGUGAGCCAGGGCCGGUGGGCUGGGGAUGGGCAGGAUGGGGAGAAAGGCUGGGAGACUCUGCCUUUGACAGGGUUGUUUUGUGUAACUGACCCUGUCCAGGACAGGAGGAAGGGCAUUUCCCAGCCUCUGUGUCCCGGCCAGGCUGCUCAAAUCCAGGCACAAACUACAUUCUGCAGGGGCCAGACCUACCUUUGUUUUUACUGUGGCCCCAAUUCCAGGGCUUUGGGGCAUGCAGGGAUUCGGGUUUCCAUUUACAGGUGGAAGGGAUUCCAGAGGAAAAAUAUAGUCUGAAUUCCCUGUCCCCUCUGGGAAAUGAUUUCCUUGGCCUUGUCCCCUAACUCUGUGAUAUCUCAGUUUUCUGGACCCCAACACCCUUCCAGGCCCCCCACAUGGGCCCCUAGACCACACCACCCACCUUAGACCGCCCCUCCCAUGACUGAAUCUGUGGGCAGCUUGUCGGUGUCUGCUGGCACAGGGCCUCCAUAAUUCUCAGCCAGAGCAAGUCCCUGUGUGGCCCAUCGGGUCUGGCCACUCCAGAUGUUGCCCCACAGGCAUUCCCUGGCACCCUUUUCUCGGGGGCCUACAGACUCCCAAGGACAGGAGGUCCUGCAGUAAACCUGCCUGCCUGAUAAGUGCAGAGCGCUGUUUUUCUGCUUCAUGCAGGUGCCCCGUGGCUUUACUGUCCCUCAUAGGGCACAGAGUCCCCAGCGAAGGGAGGCAACAAUCCAGGGCUUGAGCUCAGGGUCUGCAGGCUCAGAAUUCACCAGGGGUGGCCCAGACUUCAACUCUUGCUUUUUUGGGUAUCUUCAGGGCCCUCAUCCCUUAGUGCCCAGGCACCCCAGCUCUGCCAAGCAGUGAGGGUGCUGGCAGGAAGAGUCUGCUGGCUGUGUGUGAACCUCUGGUGUCCUGGGUCUCUCUCCACUGGACGUGGCAGCAUUUUUGAGUUACGGAUUGCCACGUGCUGCCUUGCAUGGUUGAACCGCUUCUGAGGUCUGCUAGGCAUCCUGUCCCUUGUUCCCUGUCCCCUCUGUUGCCAGUGAGUCACAAUGGCCUAUGCUUAUCUACAGCAAUAAUACAUAGGGAGUGCCCAUGAAAUCCUCUUGUCCUAGUCCCUCACUCUCUGCAUGGGUCUCCUGGGGGAGGCAGUGCUGAGUGGGUCAGUUCCUGAGGACCUGCACUGAUGGAGCUCUGGGCUGCGCAGAUAUCAUCAUGGGGGAUGCAGAAAGGAGGGAGGCCCGGCCCCCGAGCUAUGGCUAAGGCAGGGAGGAUACCUUCCACCCUGAGGCCACCCCAGACCCGGAGGAGCUGCUGGCCCCGGCUCUCCCACUUGGAAGUGGGUGGGACUGUCUCCCAACCGCAGCAGCUCUUCAGAAGGACACAUGACUGGUUUGUGCACCCAUCGCCUGCUCUGUCUCCAUCGGUCUCUUUGUCUGUUCCUUUUCACAUUCGUGCACAUCAAAUAUACUGGUGUUCGUGUUCCAGGA